GCCUCUGCCUCAAGUGGGGUGCCAAGCCGUAGGCAGCCAUGGCCAAGUCACAUCUGCUGCAGUGGCUGCUGCUGCUGCUGCCCACACUCUGCAGCCCAGGUGCAGCCGCCGGGUCGGCAUCAUCCCUGGAUUGUGCACAGGGCCCUAAGUUCUGGUGCCAGAGCCUGGAGCAGGCAGUGAAGUGCAGAGCCCUGGGGCACUGUCUACAGGAGGUCUGGGGACACGCAGGACCUAAUGACCUGUGCCAAGAAUGCGAGGACAUUGUCCACCUCCUCAUAAAGAUGACCAAGGAAGACGUUUUCCAGGACACGAUCCGGAAGUUCUUGGAGCAGGAGUGUGAGAUCCUUCCCUUGAAGCUGCUUGUGCCCCGAUGUCGCCAAGUGCUCGAUGUCUACCUGCCCCUGGUGGUCGACUACUUCCAGAGCCAGAUAAACCCAAAGGCCAUCUGCAAUCACGUGGGGCUAUGCCCACUUGUACAGGCUAAGCCAGAACAGGAGUCAGGGAUGCAGGAUGCUAUCCCGGACCCUCUGCUGAACAAGCUGGUCCUCUCCGCCAUGCCAGGGGCCCUCUUGGCUAGGCCUGGGCCUCACACACAGGACCUCUCUGAACAGCAGCUCCCCAUCCCUCUGCCCUUCUGCUGGCUCUGCAGGACUCUCAUCAAGCGGGUCCAAGCCGUGAUUCCCAAGGGUGUGCUGGCCGUGGCUGUGGCCCAGGCGUGCCACGUGGUACCCCUGGUGGUGGGUGGCAUCUGCCAGUGCCUGGCCGAGCGCUACACCGUCCUCCUGCUGGAUGCACUGCUGAGCCGGGCGGUGCCCCAGCUAGUCUGCGGCCUCGUCCUCCGAUGUGCCAGCGAGGACGCCACUGGCCCAGCCCUCCCUGCUCUGGAGUCCCUGACAGAAGAAGGGCCACUACAAGACACCAAGUGCCAUCUCUGCAAGUCUGUGAUCGCCCGGGCAUGGAACGCCAGCGAACAGGCCAUGCCACAGGCAAUGCGCCAGGCCUGCCUUCGCUUCUGGCUGGACAGGCAAAAGUGUGAGCAGUUUGUGGAAGAGCACACAGCCGAGCUGCUGGUCCUGGUGCCCAGGAGCCAGAACUCCCAUGUCACCUGCCAGGCCCUGGGAGCGUGUGAGGCCCCGGCCAGUCCUCUGCAAUGCUUCCAACCCGCACACCUCUGAGGACUCCAGGUCAUUUCCUGACUCUGCGUUAGAGCUCCUCCUCACAGCAUCUUGCACCAGAUGGCCACAGACCUCAGCCUGUGCCCCAGCCCUGUGUCAGGCCGUACGCCUCACUCUCAUCACCGCCCAGCACCAGGGUGGUCUCUGCCUCCUUUGGGGACGAGGUGUAGCAGGCCAUCUUCCGGAAGCCUUCAAAGGGGCUUCAGGUCUCCACACCCACCAGAGCCCAGCCCAGCCCCAACAGCUCCUACAGCCUCCGGGGACUGAGAAGAGACUGCCACCGCUCCCAGAGGACAGCAAGGAGAAGCUGGGUCUGGCCACCCCGCCCCUUGCUAGCACGUCUAUGAAAUGCAAACUUCAAAAGAAUAAAAAUGGGAACUCGAAGUA